UAGCUGACGUAUGCCAUCUCAUCUGACAGCUAUUUGUAUUUUCCUAUGAAAUAUCUACGGAUUUAUAUACACAUGUGGCAUGCAUGCAAAUCUCAUUUGGAUCUCUCAGAAUUGACGGAUGGCGAAACUGUAGACACAUAUGAUAGCACUCGCAGCAACAACUUGUGGGCACGCCCCUUUUUCGCCCAGACAACUGCAAUUGUCGAUACUCGACUUCGAGCUGCAAACGAAGCGUGGCCCGAGUUUUGCAUCAGUUUCAAGUCUUGCGGCACGCAAAGGCUCCGACAGCCCGAGACGGCGACCUGCGGCCAGACGGCACAGACCGCAACCCACUGCCAACAUCAUCAUUGUCAUCAUCAUCAUCAUCAUGGCCAUCAUCAUCAUCUGCGUAACUGAUUUCAGUGUCAGUUUUAAAAUGCGUCCGUUCUUUAGCAGACGGCGCUUCUUCCUCAGCGGCAAGAAUAAAAUUAGCAUUUUCAAUCCGUGCAGCAGUUGCUCGCAAAUAUGCUGCUCCCUGCUCUACAAGCUAUCCGUUCUCCUGCUGCUCUGCGUGCUGGCGCUGCUGCUGCUGCCAAACAAUAUUCAGCUCAAGACGGCGGAGCCUCUGCCAGCAGCAGCGCGCAUCUUUUGCAUCAUCUCCACCCAGGACACUCGGCACAAUUCCGUGGCCGUGCACGUGAAGCGCAGUUGGGCCAGCCGCUGUGAUCAGCACAUCUUUGUCAGCAACGAUGCCCACGAGGAGCUGGAGCCGGCCAUUUUCGCUCCGUUGCAUGACAAGUGGCUGAAGAUGCGAGCGCACCUGGAGUACGUCUACAAAUAUCACUUCGAUGAGGGCGACUGGUUUCUCUAUAUCAACGACGAUAACUAUGUGAUUGUGGAGAACCUGCGCUACAUGCUGCGCUCCCACAGCCCCGAUGAGCUCAUCUACUUCGGCUGCAAGCUGCGAAGUGCGAACAAUCAGCCCUACAUGUAUGAUCGCUCAGGCAUUGUCUUGAGCAGCGCCACCCUCGCUCAGUUCGUACUCCGCGCUUUGCCGAAUGAGACGAUCUGCAGUUCCGGGAAGCAGGGCGAUGCUGCAUUUGAGGAGUUCGCUCGAUGUCUCGGCAAUGUCAAUGUGCUGCCCGGCGACAGCCGAGAUCAUUUGGGCUAUCAUCGUUUUCUGCCAUUUCACAUGAAAGAUUAUUUCAUUGGUGCGUUGAAUUAUUCGCUGCCGCACCACAAAUACUUCCUGGAUCGAUCAUAUUAUGGGCUAAGCAAUUUCAAAGUGCCCAUUUCAAAACAAUUGAUUUGUGCCAAGCUGGAAUAUAUGCCAAUCAUAUACAGUCAUUAUUAUUUAACGUAUCAGGUGAAAAUAUUCGGCACGCCCCAAAGGGCGAUAGUAAUUGAAAACUCCAAUACGAAUUAAACAAUUUUAUUUGAUGAAUAAAUAUUAAAUUUAUUCUUA